CCCCUGGUCGCCUGCGUGCGGGAGUGUGUGCGAGGCAGGGGGAGGGCGUCGGGGGGUGGGGGUAGGCCUUCCGGUCCCCGGAGACUCGCGGAGGGAGGCGGAGGCUGCGAGGGACUCCGGAAAGCCAUGGACGUCGAGAGGCUGCAGGAGGCGCUGAAAGAUUUUGAGAAGAGAGGGAAAAAGGAAGUUUGUCCGGUCCUGGAUCAAUUUCUUUCUCACGUGGCCAAGACUGGAGAAACAAUGAUUCAGUGGUCCCAAUUUAAAGGCUAUUUUACUUUCAAACUGGAGAAAGUGAUGGAUGAUUUCAGAACUUCAGCUCCUGAACCAAGAGGUCCACCCAACCCUAAUGUCGAAUAUAUUCCCUUUGAUGAAAUGAAGGAAAGAAUACUGAAAAUUGUCACUGGAUUUAAUGGUAUCCCUUUCACUAUUCAGCGGCUAUGUGAAUUGCUAACAGAUCCAAGGAGAAAUUACACAGGAACAGACAAAUUUCUCAGAGGAGUAGAGAAGAAUGUGAUGGUGGUUAGCUGUGUAUAUCCUUCUUCAGAGAAAAACAAUUCUAAUAGUUUAAAUCGAAUGAAUGGUGUUAUGUUUCCUGGAAAUUCACCAACUUAUACUGAAAGGGCUAAUAUCAAUGGGCCAGGAACACCUAGGCCACUUAAUCGACCAAAGGUUUCUAUGUCAGUCCCCAUGACAACCAAUGGCUUGCCUGAGAGCACAGAUGACAAAGAGUCAAACUUACAGCAAACUGAGGACAAAAGUCACAGUCAUUCUCCGACACCUGGAUCAGAAAGCUCCUCAGUGAGCCCGAUGAAAAAUAAACAUCCAGGUGAAGAUGCUGUGGACGCUGAGGGGCAUGAGGUAAAAAGACUUCGGUUUGACAGAGAAAGUGAAGUCAGGGAGACAGCCAGUCAGACAUCUUCCAGUGAAAUUUCUUCCGUUCUGGUAGAAGAAACAGAUGCAUCAUCUUCAUCUCAGGAUAAAGACAAAGAAAGUGGUUGUUCCAGGCAACACUGUACAGAAGAGGAGGAAGAGGAGGAGGAAGAGGAGGAAGAAGAAGAGUCUUUUAUGACAUCAAGAGAAAUGAUCCCUGAAAGAAAAAAUCAAGAAAAAGAAUCUGAUGCCUUAACUGUGAAUGAAGAGACUUCUGAGGAAAAUAAUCAGAUGGAGGAAUCUGGUCUGACUCAAGCCGGGAAAGAUUUCCAUUCUGAAGGUAGUGAGAACACAGGCCCUGGCAGUGGUGGCUCUGAUUGCCAUGAAACAGAGGAAUUGGCAGAACCCAGCUCUAGUGAGACUGGAGAGGUUCUCUCAGAAUCAUCCAUGGAAAACGAUGAUGCAGCCACAGAGGUCACAGAGGAACCAAUGGAACAAGACUAAUUAGAGACAGUAUUUUACAUACAGUUCUGGUUUUACACUGUAUAAAACUUUUAUGUAAUAAAGUGGACCUUUAGUUUUACAAGAGAAGCAGGUUGUAAUAUAAAGUAUUUUGUGGGAUAAAUCCUGAAAGAGUUGUACAUGUAAGAACUAUGAAUAUUGGUUCCAUAGGUCCUGCUUACCGCUGACUGUUUUGGUUUGGUCAAAUCAGUGGUUUGUGUGUAUAGAUUUUUUUUUUUUAGAAUUAAAGUUUUUUAACUGGAAAGUAAUUAUAAUUUUGAAAACCUUUUGGAGAUUAUUUAGUUUAUACAUACACAAAAAAGCUUUUUGUCUUGUCUUUUUCUGACAGCUCUAGCAGUUUUCAUAUUUUGGUCAUAGUUUCAACAUUUUAACGUGAAUUUUAGGGUUUCAUGCUGAUUUCCAGAUUUUAUUGUUUGACUGUACAAUGGAACUUUAAGUCAUAUAUGCAUACAUAUAUAUAUAUAUACAUAUAUACACAUAUAUAUUAUUCUAAGGGGGGAAAUGUUAUAUUUUUCUGUUUCUAUAAGAGAUGAAUAAAUACAGUGGAUACUUUUUCUAUUGGUCAUGACUGAGUUCACUCUUUCAGAAGACAGUUUCUUUCUCUUCUAAGUAACUCAAAUAAAAUUUGGCCCUUGUGAAACCCUGGAAAUCUAGAGUCUGUUGAAAUACCAGGUUAAACACAUUCCAAGAGAUCUGUUCAAACAAAUUCUUUUGUAUACCUCUGAGGUGCCUGAAACGACUUCAUUAUUUAUGAGAAAAUGUGCUUUAUCUUGGAAAUUGUGUUCAAACAUGAGCUUACUAUUUUGUAGAAUGAAUGCUUAUAAAGCUGACAUGAGAACGUCUCAGAACUGAGCAGUUUCCUUAACUUUUUUGCUUGCUUUUCUGAACAUUGUGAAUAUUACACAUUUCUUUCUAAAUUAUUCUAGAGUAUAAUAUGUCAAUGAUAUGAAACACCACUGUACUGGAAGAAUUAAUAUAUUACUUUAGUAAUGUACUGGAGCUAAAUGACUGAAGCUUUAGGGGUGCAUAGAAAUCACCAUAAUUUGUAUGACAUUUUGAAGUGAAUUAAAUAUUUUUGAACAUGCUUCUUCAACAGCCAGUGUUAUAUUUUUCAGAUCAACAGAAAGCACAAUAAUUACUGUAAACUCAAUAUUUUCAAAUUCACAUAUCUAAUGUCAUGUAAGAUGCAAUUUUCCUGUCAAAUUACUGGCUGCCAAAUUUAUACCUGUUUCUUUGGCUGUACCUUUUGAUAUUUAGAAUUUUUAAAUUUCUGUAAAGUAGAUUUUGUAGGAUGUAAUGUGUUCACUGCCUUUGUGACGCGGUAUAUAACUGUAAAUUUCUGUGUGUAAACUGAAUGCUUGGGCUUUCAAUACAGUAUUCAUAUAAAGCAAUAAAUACUAAUGUUAUGAAA